GGAGCUCGUGCUCUGGAGCGAUCUACUUUCUCGCGGACUCAUUCAGUAACAAACUUCUCCUAAGCCUUCAUAUACUGCUGUUUUCCACGUUAGAUUGCAAAAAUGGGCGAUAUCAACACUUGCCUCAAACGUACAUUCACCAUUUUUAACAUUAUCUUCGCGAUUGUUGGAGGCCUCAUCAUCUUUCUUGCAGUGCUGGCCCAGGUCCUAACUAGCGUCCAUGGAGCAGAGAAUCUGGAGAACCGUAUGAGCAGCCUGAUCCUGAUGUAUGUCGUGGGUGCCAUUACAAUGGUGAUUGCCAUUCUGGGAGCUUAUGGAGCCCACAAAGAGAAGAGAGGGCCUCUGAUUGCUUUCCUUGUCUGCAUGGUUAUUGGGAGUCUGAUAAUGCUUCGAGUUGGAAUCAUGACUGCCUUUGCACGCCCACGGCUGGAGCCUGUAUUGGAAGACACAUUCCGCAGGUUUCUGCCUUUGGACGAGGCCAAUGAUGAAAUCCAGGAGAUGACUAAUGCCUUGCAGAGUCAGAUGCAUUGCUGUGGACUCUUCAGCUAUGAGGACUGGCGUAACAACAUCCCUGAUAGUUGUCUGUGCGAACAGCAGGAGUACGGGGAUAAGUGCGAGACUGUUAACUACUACACGCAAAAGAUACUUCUGCAGACAAGAAAGACAGUCUACAGCACACCCUGCUUCCCCAUCCUGAUGCAUUAUGUUCUGCUGAUCGUUGAUGUCAUGCUUGGUAUUGUCUUUACCCUGGCCGCCCUUGCAAUCCUGGGCCUGGGUUUGUCCUCUCUCAUGAUUCACCAGCUGCGCCACCCCAACAGAAGCCCUGUGGUGUUGGGUAUACCUGCUGUAUUCACCCCACAGCCUCCAAAAUACCAGGAGCUUCAGAACCCUCCCAGCUAUCCAGGAUAUUAACUAUGAAAUUCACCUACGCCAGGCUCUUUGUCUUGUACCCAUAAACCUGAAUAACUGGCUUAAGGAAAAAUUGUUUUGCAUCUCUUCUUUUACCUUUGCACAUCUGCGCCUUUAAAUCUACAUAAGUACUUUCAUUUGUACCUAAUACUUUCUGCACUAGCACUGGGUUUUUAUACACAACUUUAAACCACUUACCAAAGACACACUGACUUUCCAAAGGGACUUAGAAAUUUUUGGCAUUUUUUAACUUUGCCCUGAUGCUAAAAUUAGGUAUGACCGAGCUAUUUUUGUAACAUUUCAUGCAUUAUUUUCUACUUUUAUAUUGCUACAGCGUUUUGAUUGUAUAGAUAUACACAUAUUGAGGAAGGUGACUUGACCUUUUGUUGUACUGUAAAACUAUAAUUCUAGUUGUUCAGCCUGUACAAAUUGGCUACAGUUACAGUUAGGUUAUCAAAAGGGAUUUUAUCUGUAUUGUUUGGUUUCAUGUAAAUAAAGAGUAAAAAAUGUU